AUGGGUAACGAGCCAUCCACCCUAUCGGGAACCGAAGAUGAUUUGUACCAAAAUAAUCCCACGCAUCCUCUCCACCGUAAAUCCACUGGAAAACAUCUGAUCGAUUCUGAUGAUGACGAAGCUGACGAACACGACCAUUCACGUGUUUCAUUACGAAGAAGGGGGGCAUCUGGUUCUCUGAAAGGAAGCGUUUUCGCUGCAGCUGCUACCGAUGGUCCUUCGUCUUCUAGCUUCGUAGAUCCUGUUUUGUCAGCUGCGGCUGCUGGAGCUGCUGCACGAAAGGCAAAACAAACGAGACGUAUGCAUUCAAAUCCAUUCCGACAACACUCAAAGGAUGUCAGCAACAACGAAUGGAGAAUGUCAUUGCAGCGGCUUGCAAAAACGGCGGCCUCAACAGCUACAAAUAUGGCACAUGUGACAGCCCCAAUGCUGGCCGAUGCUAGUUCCAUUGUGGUUGAGUCAGCCAAGGAGUUUGCUACUGAUGUCCAUGAUGAGUUUACCAAACCAAAAUACUUCGAAGCAGAAGACGGAGCCGAGUCUGUAAUCAUGUUUCCCUACAGUCCAGGUCGAUCUCUUUCGGGUAGAUCUUGGUACUCUCCGUUCGCUGGUCAUGAUCCGGAUCUUUCACCAACCACACCAAACACUGGCCAAAGCGAUAGCAUGGGACGAGUAAGACUCGAUCUGAAGGUUAAGAAUCGUGUACCACUGGCACCAAGUUUGAAGCCAACGCCUUCCACCGUCACCAGCGAGGAGUCUGUGCCUACACAGCAACAAGAAAGGGAGCCCAAGAGUAAAUCCAGACGGUCUGUUCAAAUUGUACAUUUCCCCGAGUUGGCCAAACUGCACAGCAAGGCAGCGUUACAAGGAGACGUAAAACGCGCUCUUCCAGAGGCGAUAUCAAACGAUGAAGUGAUCUCAGCUGUACAGGAAUCAAAAGUUUCGAGCACUAUCGACCAUCGGAAUGGGGGGAAAGCGAUUUCAAAGUCACACGAAAAAUCGGAUGAAAGGAAUGAAUUUAGACGUUCCAUAGAUAGUGGAGCUGUCACGGCGACGAGUCAAAAUUCAGCGAUACUUGCGGGUAAACCCUCAAAAGACUCGGAGGAUAUCACGUUUGUCGCACUCGCUGAUGCGGUUAAGGAUGACGAGUGCAAGCGUGCUGAGAAUCCUGCUAUCGAAAACACUAGCCCAGAGAUGCAUGAUGGUGCAAGGUUGGAAGAAAAAGAAGAGAUUGAGUUCGCUACAGUGAAUGGUGCAAAUAGGAAUGGCGAUUUGGAUUGUACUAAUGAUUUUCCUGGAGAAGAUAUAACCACAGAGAAAAAUGUUGGUACAAAGUCAAAAGUAUCAGAAGAAAUUGAAUUCAAUGCAGCUAUUGAGGAUUUUCCUGUUGAAGACAGAACCAGAGAGAAAAGUGUUGGUACAGAGUUCGAAGAAUCAGAAGAGAUUGAAUUCACUUUAGCUAGGGAUGACGAGUUGAAGCCUGCCAAGGAUUUUGCGUCGAAAAAAUUAGAUGAGACGGCGUUUACUUCUAUCAAUGGUGCAGUUAGGGAUAUCAACUCGAAUCAUGCUGAGGAUUCUGCUAAUGAAGGUACUAUUGCAAAGAUGCUUAUUGGAACAACAUCAGAAGCAUCUGGGGAGACCGCACCAAUAGCACUGAGUGAUACGGUGAAGGAGGAUAGGUUGAAGCAUGCUGAAGAUUCUGCAGCUGAAGAUCUCACUGAUGAAAAGAAAUCAUCUAGUGAGCCCGGAGGACAAAUUUAUAGCCACGCCAACCAGGUAGUGGAAGAAAGCAAUAGGGGAGAAUCGCCGUCUGCCGAUGAUAUCAAAGACCUAGAUAUUUUUGAUGAAUUCCAGCAGUUGGUAGAGUCGGCAGCAAAGGAAGGGGUUUUCUUUUCGCUCGAUAAUGAAGAUUCUAUGGCGGCUAUGGAUUUCGACGGUGUCAAUGCAGAGAUUGAACGGGAACUUGAAGAAUCUUCAGAUUCGCUUGAGAAAGAGCUUGAAGCGUUGAAGUCUCUUGAAAAAGUACCAGAAGAACCUGCUAGUAUAAUUCAGGAAGAAAAACUUGUCGAACCUGCGAAGUUGAAGAUUUUGACCACAACUGAGACAAAAUCAACUGAUGAAAACGCUGUCUUCGAAAUGAGUUUUAAAACCAAAAGAGAUGAUGAAGACUUUUCCCACAUCGUUAGAGAAGUACCAUCCAACGAUAGUGAUGUGUCGCAUAGUGAAGCGAAAAGCCCAUCGAAAAAGAAUUAUUAUCAAGACGUUUCCUCGCCAAUGAGAAAAUCUGGAGUUGAGCAAGAAUUACGAGACUUGCUUGCACGAGUCGAAAACGGCGAAGUGGUUGACGAGGAUAGGCUUUCUGAGCUGGACCUUUUUGAACGGUACCAAUCAGGCGAAAAGUUGACUGCUGACGAAAUGGAAGAUCUCGGUUCAAUUUUGAAAUCGACACAAAACCUCAACAGAAGCAAUUCUACGUCAAUUGAUGAGAAAAGCGACCACGGAGAGAAAUCUAAUUUGCCUUCUUUAUUUGAAACCAGUGACAAUGGUGAUCACAAAAUUAUCAAUCACCAUGUUGGUGAUGGCAACAAAAUUCCGAUAGGACAUCGAUCGGAAUCCGCAUACGACGCAAACAACCAUGCUUGCGAAAAUUUAAGAGCAAAUGAAACCGAAAAGUUCAUGACGGCAACAUCAUCAGACACAGAAAAUUCUUGGUUGUAUUGGUCCGUGGGACGAAAAGGAUCAGAAUCGAGUCAAAUAUCAACUGAAAGACUAACUUCGAUCCUGUCGGUUGCAGAUCCAGAAGCAAUCCCAGACAAAGGAAUAGAGGAAAGAUUUGGCUGGAGCACAAAUGAAGAGGUGUCGCAUGCUUACGAUGGGUGGCGUUAUUGGGCACAUGUAGGUGACGAUACAGGGGACGACCAUCAAAUUGAAUUGGAGGAAACAAACCUCCUACCCCAGGAUCCAACACCGAUACUGAGAAUUGGAAUUGAGACGAUCACUAAAACUUCGUCUCCUUUCGAUGGUCCUGCAUGGCUCUACUGGUCUCAUAUUGGUUUGCCAGCAGAAGUGGGGCAACCUGAACAUGAUGUUCACACCAGCAUGCCAAUACGUGACGCGGAAAGCAUAAAUGAUUUGAAGUGGCCAGAAAUAUUGGCUUCAAGUCCAAAGAGGGAGACGGUGACGAAUUCAGAAUCGGGAUGGCGUUACUGGGCUUUAUUAGAAAAGCCUGGGGAAAGUAUGCAUGGACUCUCCAAUCUGAAUGGAACAGGACCUCUGAGACAUACGACGAGGAAACCAUUAAUCAAAGGGGAGCAGUCGAACGAUGAUUCGGUCUCAGUAGCCCAGAAGGGGGGAGAAGGCGCUCCCCUAGAAGAGCUUCUUCCAUUGCCCAUCAGUGGCCCACAGAUCGAGGGCGCUCUGUGGUGCGAGGAUUCUGUCGCAGUAUUGCGGGCAGGUGAAGAAGAUGCUUCACAUGAAGAAAGUCUUCUCUUCUCUGUUAGCGAAGCACUAAACGAGAGGGAUCAGUCCAACGAGGAUUCGGUUCGAAUAAUGCAGAACGAAGAAGAUCAGACUCGAGUCGGAGAAAGUCUCUCUCUAACAGCGAACAGUGCUCCUUUCGAUACCAAAGCUGGAUGGAUGUUUUGGUCUAUGCUGGGUGAGGGAUCUAGUCAAAAUAUAGUUGAAGAAAACAAGUCAUUGUGGGAUUCCGAAAGCACAAUGGCUCCACAUGAACUUCAACUUGAGACAAAGAGGGCUGAGGAUGCCGAACAUGCAGACAAACCUGCAUGGCUUCAUUGGGCUCAACUUGAUGACGUCAAAGCCUCAGAAGCAAAGUCACCGUUUCAUUAUUCCAUCAGCAGAUCUGAGGUGCAAGAAGUGCCAUCUCCACCAAGUGUCGACCCUGCAUGGAUAUACUGGUCUACAGCGAGAGAAGAGAAGACCCAUAAAGCUGUAAAGGAUAGCAGGCCAUCAUGGGAAGUUGACCGGACAACGGCCCCAGACGAUGAUCAACUUGACAAGAAUCGAGCCACAGUGACGGCUGGGAAUGAAGACAAGCCUGAAUGGCUACAAUGGGCACACCUUGAUCAACCUCAAACCUCAGAUCCCGAACCAUCGGAGAGAGAAUCUGUUCAGGUAUCUGGACCGCAAUCAUUGAAGUCUCAACCGUUUGGUUCGACAGGGCCAAUUAUCAGUACUCCCGGAUGGCUGUACUGGUCUAAGCUCGAGAAACACCAAGCUAAAAAGGUUGUUGAAAGUAGAAGCUUGUCUUGGGACUUCUUAGUCGGGAACGCUCCUCAAGAGGUUCAGAUACAUAGACCAAGGACCGACGUGGUUGGGGAACAAACAAGCAAACCUGGCUGGCUCCAUUGGGCCCAAAUAGACCAACCGAAAGCUCCAGAUUCCAAGUUACCACAGCACAACCCUGGUUCUGUGACCGAAGGAAAAGCAACAGGAGAUGCCCCAAAUGAAAUGGCCUUGCGCGCUGACAAUCCUGGAUGGUUGUAUUGGUCUACAAUGGGACGGCAACAUAUUGAAAACAAGGACAAAACCCCCGAAUGUUCGACGGGCAUUCACGAUUCAACGGUUCCUAACGAGGUUCAUCUUCAGAAAAACAUGGCACAUGAGUCGGCAGAACGCAAAUGGCUAUUCUGGGCACAGAUCGGCGCCGCAGGAUCCAGAUUAUUGGAUAGUAACGCUUUACAAUCGGGUUUCAUCGGAAACCCACAUCGAGAAGAAAUCUUAUCUGAGUCAAAGCAGCAAGAUACUAGCAAACGGUCAAACGUGGCAGCUCAAGUCGAAGAUGUAGAAACCGACACAAGCAAGAUAGUCACCAGAGGGAUGAAAACAAGAAGCCAGGCAAAUAAGCACAGUGAUGCUGGAGAACCUCUGACGAUAGGAAACUCUCGAGUUGCAAGAGACCUGCACACUUCGUACAACCCUGUGAUUCUGAAGAUUGAAAGUCGUUCUGAGGAAGAAAGUGGCAACGGUGCGCAAGAGAACGAGAGAACACACGAUGCAUUUUCAGAUUUGGAGCACGGCGAAAUAUUAUCGACAAAUGUUUCUUAUUCAAGUGAAACAAUGCAAAAAGAAGGCGGCCCAACAGAUGGCAAGACAUCACGCCACCAAGAGGAAGAUCACGGGAGUAGUCACCCCCAGACUUCAAACGCUAAAACCGAAACAGAUGUCAAUGGCGACGAAGAUCUUUCAAAUCCAAGCCAAUCAAAUGUCGACGGAGAAAAUGUAGGUGACCAAGUCGAAAACAACGCCUCCUCGUCCCUGAAGGAAGCUGUCAGUAUCUUUAGAAGGAUAUCCGCUGAAAGUAGACACGCGAUUAAUAGCUUGAGGGAAAAGCGAACACCGGGACCGCUUACUGAUGAAAGCCAUAUUUUGCAAGAUGCACAACGUCUAUCCAAAGUCGCAAGUGAUCUUGCUGGUGAAGUUCUCCGCAAUGGCCAUGCUUGGCUUCUUCCGACAACGAACGAGUCCUUUGGAAAGACAACAGAUCUGACUUCUGUAAAAAAUGAAAAGUCGUCUAAGAGUCGUGGGGGUAUUGAUGCAGAUAUUGGAUUGCAAAGUGAACAAUCUUCAACAGAGUUCUCUGUUGAUUUGCUAAACAACUCAAAGCGGAUGCUAAAUGCAGUUGUUUCGAAACUUACUAUCAACGUUUCCAUCAAUGAAAAGCAAGAACGGAUAUCAUUGAAUAGGGCCAAGACAGUACUGCCUGACAGUAUCUUCAAAUACGAAAUCAGCGACAGAUCACCGACAACGCUAUCUUCAGUUGAAUCAGUGCCAAUAGAAGACAGCGCCAGAGACCUUGAUAAAGCAGAAUCAGAAAAUGAUAUCGCUUUCUCGUGGGACCUAAUGCCAACAAAGAGAGAAGUUCGAGUUGAGCAGCAUCAGCUCGAACUGUCGGUGGACAACUCGAUGGUGGGUUCGUCUUCUCGUGUCGACGGGGAAGUAUCGCUCCCUAUGCAAAAACCGAGAGCAGGCACAAAAACGAAAGCACUCGACAAUGCAAGCAACCACGGAAGUGUUGAUAGUGAAGUCUUGUCACCCAUGAUGUCGCCGAAAAGCCGGCGUUCCAAGAGACUUAGUCGAAACCUUGUCAAGUUGCAAAGUGAUGAAUUCGAUACUUUGAGUUGUCGGCUCGAAUUAGAGCUUGACUCAGCCGACUCUAGUGUUGUCGGAGGGCCAUCUAGUGUAACUGGGGUUAAGGGUUUUGACCAGAUGAACGAUCCCGAAAGCCUUGGUCUUGCUCUUGUGUCAUUUUCAUCAAUAGAUUCCAUUGAAUUUUUGAAUAAGAUUCCACGUGCACCAAGGAAAGAAGAAGAAAGCCGCUCUCCACUUUUCUGGGGGGUAUUGAUCGCAAAUUGGAAGCACUCUCAAAUAUGGAAAUCUAUGACAAGACGAUCGCUGUCACUCGACGAUGAUUGGCUCGAGAGAGAUAGUAUGUUUGAAGAGUGUGGAGGUAGCACCAGCUCCUCUUCGACUAUUCGGUUCCAAUUUCGAAACAAACAGGUUAACUUUUCUAGUUCGGGGCGUAAUAAGUUAAAGCCACCAGAUCCUCAAUUUGGAGAGGCAUCGACGCUGAUUUUGUCAGAGUAUCUUUGUGAUAUUGGUGCACAUCAGCUGGGUUUUGAAGAUCAGAAUGAAGAAUAUGUCAUACGACAUGCACUUGCUCAAAAUGAUGCUGCACCAACGGAUAUUAACAGUCUUCUCAAACUUGCGGAGUCGCACCUACAGAGCUUGGCGAAACUUUUGGGAGACAUUGUUGCCUUCGCGUCUCUUGAAACGAGCAGGUCUCGAAUCAAACACAGCAUUGGUUUGAAGCGUUAUACCGCAAUCCGCAAGAAGGCUGAUCGCAAGUAUGGAGGGGAUAUUUCCCAGGUCAAAGACAUCUUGCGUGCACAAGUUACUUUCCCUGAUGAAACAUCUUUGAUUUGCGGUCUACUUUGCCUCCAUCGACGAUGCAACAACACAUCAGAGUCGAAAGAGAUGCCUCAAUUCGAAAUUGUUCGACUGAAAAACUACUUCCGUACGAUCGAUGGAAGUGACCCGUCCUUGUCUCCGAUGCCAACUGGAUAUCGACAUGUUUUAAUCAAUAUCCGAAUCGCAGGGUUUUUGAUUGCUGGUAAGUUACAAACCGUUAUUGGGCCGUCUCGUGAAUCCAAUAUCCCAACUUUUGUUUUUCUAGAAUUGCAAUUUCAGCUUGCACAAAUAUUUGAAAUAAUGGGAACAGACGGCUACCUUUUGCAUUCAGAAUUUUCUUCAUCCUUUGGAGUCGGUAACUCUACUGUGGGUGGUUUGGAAGGAAAAUCGUCUGGCAGAAGUAUUGACGUAUUCGGUUUCGUAAAUAACAUUUUGCUAGUCGAUCACAUCAAAGAUUCAAAGCAAACAGCGAAAGAGGAGCAGCAAAUCAAAGUGCGACGUGUUGAAAAGAAAGGAGAGAUUGGUGCAAUCGCGGCUGCAGCUGCAAGGGAACGCAAUGGAAACAAUUUAAUCUCCAAGCCGGAGACCGAGCAAAAGAAAGCCGAUGAAGGCAUUGGAGCUGCUGCAGCAGCUGCUGCAAAAAAUACGGAACCAAAAGGUUCCAAAGCAAAUGCUACUCAAGGAGGCAUCGGUGCGUUAGCAGCUGCAGCUGCACAGGCACGCAAUGGAGGAAGUCAGAUGUCGACGAAGAAACAGGAGGAAAAUAAACCGGUGGGAGGAAUCGGAGCUGCAGCGGCUGUCGCAGCACGAAGAUCGAAGAUGAAGAAUUUCAAAGCUAUUUCGAAGGGAGGGGGCAUUGCGGUCAUCGCGGCUGCAGUCGCCGAGGAGCGAAAUGAAGGAAAGGCAUCCCCAAAAUCGGAGCAAGAUGGGCAGACAGUCGAUGCAGGCAUUGGAGCUGCGGCAGCCCGGAGCUCAAAAAUGAAUGAUUUUGAAGCUAACUCAAAGGAAAGCGGGAUUGGUGCUAUGGCGACUGCGGUUGCUGGGGAGCACAAUGGGGGAGAACUGACUAAGAAAAAGGAGGAAAAGAAACCGGUGGAAGGAAUCGGAGCUGCAGCGGCUGCAGCUGCGAGGGAACGCAAUGGAAACAAUUUAAUCUCCAAGCCGGAGACCGAGCAAAAGAAAGCCGAUGAAGGCAUUGGAGCUGCUGCAGCAGCUGCUGCAAAAAAUACGGAACCAAAAGGUUCCAAAGCAAAUGCUGCUCAAGGAGGCAUCGGUGCGUUAGCAGCUGCAGCUGCACAGGCACGCAAUGGAGGAAGUCAGAUGUCGACGAAGAAACAGGAGGAAAAUAAACCGGUGGGAGGAAUCGGAGCUGCAGCGGCUGCCGCAGCACGAAGAUCGAAGAUGAAGAAUUUCAAAGCUAUUUCGAAGGGAGGGGGCAUUGCGGUCAUCGCGGCUGCAGUCGCCGAGGAGCGAAAUGGAAGAAAUUCAACUCCAAAAUCGGAGGAAGAAAGGGAGAAAGUCGAUGUGGGCAUUGGAGCUGCAGCAGCUGCAGCUGCUGCAGCCCGGAGUUCAAAAAUGAAUGGUUCUAAUGCAAUCAUGGGCGGAGCAGGCAUCGCCACUAUUGCAGCUGCAGCAGCAAAGAAUCGCGCGAGUUAUGAUGGUGCAUCUGAAUCCAUUCUUGCAGAGAAGAACCUCUCACAAGCCAAUGCUUCAACGUCGUUCAAAAAUAGCAAAACCUCGGUGGUACUAAAUUAUGAUACAGUGGCGGCAACCAAGACGCGCGAAAUUGAUCUCAUCAAGGAAGCAAUCGAUGUCGGCAUCGAAGAAGCUACUUCUAACCCGAGGAAUCUUCCUGCGUUCUACUGUCUUUAUCUCUUACUUCGGCGGCUGGAGGAGAUCGAUCCAGACUACUUCUCUAUUCGACGAGACGGUAGUAGUGAAUACAGGCCGUCAAUGAGGAGUAUAAAGACGAUGCUUCUGACAAGAUCUCUUGCAAUCAGCAACCAAGCUUCUUCGCUUGGAAUGCUUGGAUGGCUGGAGUACGGGUCAAGCAAUGUUGUGGAAAGACAGUUAGGUCUUCCAAUCGAAAUGAUGCAGAGAUUGGCAUUCGACUUUGCAUCCAGUGGCGAUUGGAAAAAAGCGAGUGAUGUUCUCAGCUCUUGUGUGUUGCGAUGCCAGGAACAUUUGCCACUACACCACCCUACAACCUUGUGCGCCAUGAUAGAUCUGGCAGGGACCUAUACGAUGACUUCCAUGCAGUCAGAAGCAAAGGCUAUGAUCAAAACAGUGUCCGACAUUGUUGGCGAGUUCUUGGCCGAGUGCGAGGCUGCUUUUUUCGAAGACAUGAGCAAGCUUUUUUCAUUCGAACGUGAUAGAGAACAGAUUUUAUUUUUCGAAAGGAAGACAAAUGCUGUUUCGCUUUUGACUACAUUCGCAACAGAUUUCAACUCCCUCUUGUUUCGUGACUUCCUCGGCAUCAUGGAUCCCAAUCAUCAUGUCACACUUCUCAAUCAUUCGCUGGUUGCAAAUUCCUUUGCUGUUCUGGCCAGCUGCCUGGCGGCUUCACAGAGCAUUCCUACGACCGAAGCUGUGACGAGCGAGAGCAGCCUUCGCUAUUGGUCAUUAGCGUGUCUACAUUAUCAGCAUUCAUUGCGUGGAUGGACGAAGCUCCACAGCCUGUCUCAUCCAAACGCUACUUCUGCUGCCUUCUCUAUUGCCCGCUGCUUGCGAGAGCUUGGCAAAAUAGACGAGAGCAUCUGUAUUCUGGAGUCACUUCUUGAAUGUUUGCAACAUUCAUCCGAACGAGACGAUUUUGGCGACAACGAACUGGACAUUGAGCCAAAGGUGCUUGGAUCUGUCUCUUUUUUGCCUUCAAAAUCAGGUCUCCACAACGGGUCAGGAGUGUCUAUUCCUGAAUGUCGCAGAGAACAGACAAUUGUCCUUUGCUUGUGGACAUUGGCUGCAUUUGUGGUCCAACGAAACCCGGAUGAAGAAGCACGGGUGCACGCCCUCAAGUUAUUGCACCAGGCUUCAGAUAUUCUUAGAAACCUACUUUACCAUGCAGAUGAGAUGCACGGAAAUACACAAAGGGUGUGUUUGGAGCUAUACAACUGUGUGGAGGAGGAAGCUCGUGUGCUCUUCGAACCAGUACGUAUGGCACAAAUGCAAACGUCAGAAUUCAAGGAUCAUGUAAUGAUGGCCCAUCAAUCUUCUUUAACAUCAAUGCGACGCAAACGCUGGUUUCAACAGCAGUCCACAGCAAGCAUAUCGCAGCAGACGUAUCCUGUCCACCAAUUCAUUUAA